AUGAGAGCUUUAGCAUAUUUCAAGAAAGGUGAUAUUCAUUUCACUAAUGAUAUUCCUAAGCCGGCAAUUCAAGCCGACGACGAAGUUAUCAUAGAUGUCUCUUGGUGUGGAAUUUGCGGCUCAGACCUUCACGAGUACACGGAUGGUCCAAUCUUCAUGCCCAAAGAUGGGGAGUGCCAUGCUUUGUCCAACGCAGCUUUACCUCUAGCGAUGGGCCACGAAAUGUCCGGGAUCAUUGCCAAAGUGGGGCCUAGAGUGACAAAAGUGAAAGUGGGUGACCACGUGGUCGUUGAUGCCGGUAGCAGUUGUGCCGAUCUGCACUGUUGGCCGCAUUCCAAGUACUAUAAUUCCAAACCUUGCGAAGCUUGCAAGAAGGGCAGUGAAAACCUGUGCGCACAUUCCGGUUUUGUUGGGUUGGGUGUGAUUAGCGGCGGAUUUGCAGAGCAAGUCGUUGUUUCUGAACACCAUAUCAUCCCUGUCCCAAAGGAAAUCCCAUUGGAUGUGGCCGCUUUAGUGGAACCUCUGUCCGUUACCUGGCAUGCAGUUAAGCUAUCUGGCUUCAAGAAGGGCAGUUCAGCUUUGGUUCUGGGCGCAGGUCCCAUUGGAUUAUGUACCAUCUUGGUGCUUAAGGGAAUGGGGGCUGGCAAGAUCGUGGUAUCUGAAGUUGCAGAGAGAAGGUUAAAAAUGGCCAAAAGUUUGGACGUUGAGGUCUUCAACCCCGCCCAGCAUGGUCAUAAGUCCGUAGAGUUACUACGUGGUUUGACCGAGAGCCAUGAUGGCUUUGAUUACAGUUACGAUUGCUCCGGUAUUCAAGCUACUUUUGAGACCUCCUUAAAAGCCCUGACUUUCAAGGGAACGGCCACCAACAUUGCGGUUUGGGGGCCAAAGCCUGUGCCAUUCCAGCCAAUGGACGUGACUCUGCAAGAAAAGAUCAUCACUGGUUCGAUUGGCUAUGUCGUCGAAGAUUUUGAAGAUGUCGUUCAUGCCAUCCAUAGCGGUAAAAUUACUCUUGAAGACUGUAAUCAACUGAUCACAGGUAAACAGAAAAUUGAGGACGGUUGGGAAAAGGGAUUCCAGGAGUUAAUGAACCACAAGGAGUCCAACGUCAAGAUUUUAUUGACCCCCAACAAUCACGGUGAAAUGAAGUAG